UCGAGACUCUCUCUCUCUAUGGACUCCCGGGCAGCUCCGGGCUCCCACGCCACCCUCUCCACCGAGUGACCCGCCGGGCAGAGCCCCGCAGAACCCAAAGCCCCGCCGAGGAGCCGCCGCCGACGAGUCGGGUCCCGCCGAGGAGCCACCGCCUCGCAGGAUGGUCCGCACACUGUAUGCCAUCGGUGCCUUGUUUCUUUUGAUGGGAUUUCUGCUUCCAACAGUAGAAGGGAGAAAGAGGAAUCGUGGAUCUCAAGGUGCUAUCCCUCCUCCUGACAAAGAUCAGCCCAAUGAUUCAGAGCAAAUGCAGACACAGCAGCAGUCAGGUUCCAGGCAUCGAGAACGAGGAAAAGGCACCUCAAUGCCUGCUGAAGAGGUGCUGGAAUCCAGUCAGGAGGCUUUGCACAUCACUGAGCGCAAAUACUUAAAGCGGGAUUGGUGUAAAACUCAACCCCUCAAACAAACUAUCCACGAGGAAGGCUGCAACAGUCGUACCAUUAUCAACAGGUUCUGUUAUGGCCAGUGCAAUUCCUUCUACAUCCCCAGGCAUGUCCGUAAAGAAGAAGGCUCCUUCCAGUCUUGUUCCUUCUGUAAGCCCAAGAAAUUCACCACCAUGACUGUUACACUCAAUUGCCCUGAGCUUCAGCCCCCGAGAAAGAAGAAAAGAAUCACCCGAGUUAAGGAAUGCCGGUGUAUAUCUAUUGACCUGGACUAAACUGAGACAAAAGUAGCAAUUGCACUCUAACUGUUCUCAAUCGUUGCCAGCGUGAGAGUGAGUGGCAUGAACUAGCAUACCUUCAAGGCUGGACAAAACUGAAAGGGACCUAGUGAAUUACCUAAAACCAGCAAA